GCAGAGGACGACGUGGCAUGCAGUAGACAACUCGACUCGAGGAUGGGACUGCGACUUUUGGGCCUCGUGCUCCUCGGACACCUCUCAUGGCUCGUGCUCGGCCAGACGUACGACUACGUCGUGCCCUCGGUGCCCAACCCAGCGAACGCCAGCUACGUGCGAUUGGACCUGCGUCUUCCGUACGCCACGUCACUGCAAGCACUCAAGAUGAACGAGCAUACGAUGGAGAAUAUGCUUAUGAGCUACCUCAACAACAACGACAACGACACGGCGCUCGUGACGCACGUCGACACGGCCGGGUUUGAAGUCACGACCAACCUCGCAGCGACAAACCUCCAGCCAUCGCUCUACUCGAUGCUCGACUACGUCGUCUCGAUCAACCUCUUUUUGAAGAAUGCAACCAACGGCACCGGUGACGUCAUUACCGCUCCGACCGGAGCCAUGCCGCCAAUGGUCAACUAUACGAGUCUCGGUCUGGUCGUCGGGCAGAUGCUGCCAUUGGCGUUGGCGCAGGCCAUGUUUGGUGCGCUCUCGCCGUCCAUGUCGGCCAACAACGUGCUCGUGAAAGGUCUUGGCCCCGUGACGCCGUUCCUCCCGAGUGCGCCGUACAUUGGCAUGGACCUCUUGCUGCCGGCGCCGGCCGACGGACAAGUGGCGCUCGACGCUUUCUUCUUCCAAUCGGUCGAGUUCGCUGCCGCUGCCGCACUCCUGGGAUACCACGCGACGUGGGUGCAUGUGACGCAAGCGGCCAAAGCGUCGUGGCAGCCGCUGCUCGUCGUCUCGCUCUUCAUUGGUCUCGACAACGGGCUCGUCUCGCGCGACAGCUUGCACUUGGCCUUUGACAGCGCAUUGAUUUGUGCGCCGAUCUUCGAAGCCAACGACUUGACGUUCCUCGGGUCUGGUAUGUACACGAUGAACCUCACGGCCGACGGCGCCAUCACGUCGUGGUACAGCUCGGCGUACAGUCUGCCGUCGCCGCCCAACGUGAGUGUGAACGUCACGCUGUCGUUUGGCAUUGCGUUCAGCCUUCGCCAAGUCGAGGCGUAUACUCCCGCGAUCCUCCAGAGUCUUGCGGCCGACCUCGGAGCGUCCAUGAGUGUCGUCGCCAUCGAAUGCGACGCCAGCGACAUUGACACGCCCACGUACAUUGGGCUGUCGCUCCGCGCGCAGCCGACGCCGGUCAGCAGCGAGGAUGCGAUUGCGGCGAUGGUCGCGACCAACAGUAGCGCGCUCCUGCAGGAUAUUCUCACCGCGCUCCAGCUACCCGCAGGCAUGGUUGCGCUCUACUUGUCGCCAGCAGCGGCGGGAGUUGUCGCGACACCUUCAUUCUUUGAUUUCACAAUGACGUUCAUCCAAGUCGCGCCAACGACGCAAGGAAGCCCCGUGUUUGACCUCCAGCGCGGUCUGUGUGCGCUGGCCGGCGCUUCAAACCGCGCGGUCCUGCCGUCGCAGAUGAAGGUGCUCGACGUGUCCAAGCCCAUGCACUCGUACACGGUGACGUGGACCGUCCGGGCGUACUUGACGGCAGGCAUGCCGGCCCGCGAGACGAUCUCGCAGCUCAUGUCGCUCAACGCGCCGUCGCGCUUCCUCUUCAACAACCGACCGGACAUGAGUCUCCUCACGGGAUACCAAGGUGUCAAGUUCAACUUGGGCGCGGACGGGUACGUCUCGUGGUUCAACUCGGUCGUGUACAUUCCCCCGGUGCCGCUCACGUCGUCGUUUGCGCGCGUGUGGUUGACGUUCGACGGCAGCUUGAGUCUCCACGAUCUGGAGGUUCACGAGACCGCGCUCCUCUCGGUGCUCCAAGCCGCAGCAGGAGUGUUCAGCAACACGUCGGACGUGGCCAGCGUGCACUCGUCGCUUCGCGAUGCGAAUGCAUACGGGAGCUUCAACGUCUCAUUCCGGCUCUACGCACCGUACGACUCGAUGCUGGCACCUGCGACCACGUUCUACAAUGCGACGCUGCUCGACCAGCUCGGGUCGGUCUUUGCGCCCAACCCGGUCCUUGUGAGUGUCUAUAACUACAGCACGAGCACGACUAGCAGCCCCGAGCCGGCGGUCGCCCUCACGUCGCCGUACUUUGACGUCAAAUUGCAGUACUACGACGCGAACCCUGUCCCGCUCAACACGUACGACGCGUUCUUCUUCCAGCGCAUCAAGCUCGCGAUCGCGUCCAACCUCGGGUGGAACUCGACCAGUCGCAUCAUCACGGGCCCCGUCACCAAGGCCAGCGGCAGCUACUUGGUGAUUGUCACGAUGCACCUCCAGCUCAAUGCGACCAUGGACCGUAUGGCGCUGUCCGGGCCGCUGCAGACGACGCUCGCGAACCAUCUCAAGCGCAACGGGGUUGGCGACGAGUUUGAUUCGGCGAUGCUGGACCUCGGCGCAGACGGCUUUGUCGUACCGCUGAGCUUUUACCAAGCGAGUGUGCUCGAGACGCCGCCGGAUGCCAUCUCGCCCAACACCUACCUGCGCGUGACGGUCUCGUUUGCGAAUGUGACGCUCGCGAACCUGACAGCGUCGCUGCCGACGCUGACGACCAUGUUGGGCUACCACGUCGGUGCGAAUGCGACGCAGAUCUAUGAUAUCCACACAAACGCGCCGUCGGCCGCGCAGGCUGCGUACUACGAGGCGCGUCUCUUGCUCUUUACGGACGCCAACGACACGCAGCAGACGACCAACAUGACGUCGGCGCUCGUCAACCCGGCCGUCAUCAAUGCCGUCGUGGCGGCAUCGCCGGGCUUGCCACCGUUUGGCCUCGUCGGCGUCGAGCUCUCGACCGGGCUCGCACCGGUGGCCGCGCCCAUCGGUCCGUACGUCUUCUUGUACCUGACCUUGUACCAGGAGUUGUCCAUGACGUACUCGGCGCUCGACUAUGCGCGCAUCAAGCUCGCCGUGGCGGCUGCGUCGGGCAUUCCAUCGAAUGCGAUCUCGCUCCUCAAGCUCUACAAGCCGUACAACUCGAACGCGAUGCAGUGGACCUUCCAGUUGCCGUUGGCGGAUGGAUCCAACGUCGGUCGCGACGCGGUCCAGACGCAAGUCCAGCUCAAUCUUCCGCAGUCGCUCGCGGCCGUCGAGUGGCCGACGGCGCAGACCAUCUUGGGCAUCCAGCUCAACUUGUAUGCGGAUGGCUACACGACGUACGAAGUGACGUCGUCGGGCGACCUCUUCGUGCCACGCCAGUCGUACCCACUCUUGGACGGCAGCUUUGUGCACGUGACGCAGCCGUCGCCGCCGUGCAACGCGCUCUUCUGCCUCCAGCUGGCGUUCACGUCGGCGUUUGUGGAGGUCCCGUAUGUCCUCGCGUCGUACGAGACCAAGCGUCCGCUCUUCUCCAACGCGUUUGCGCCCGGGGCCGUCGCGCCGAUCAUCGAUGCGAGCAAUGCGACCGUGUGGCAGAUUUGGCCGUCGGCCGACUCGAACCCGUCGCGCAUCGACGUUGUGCUGCACUUGACGCCGCCUGGUUCGUUCCAGAAUGCCUCCGACGACCUCGUCGUGCGCGUCAUCGCCCACAUGAUGAGCCCGACGACGGCCGCGUCGUCCGUGACGGUUGUGAGCCACUCGGGCGAAGAGAGCGUCAACUACUACAGUGCCAUCAUCGCCAACAACGUACUGAGUCUCAACCUCAGCUUGUAUCCGGCGUCGCCACUCACCGAUGGAGGCAACCAGACCUUGAAUCUGUUCACGCUUCCGUCCGAGGCUUGCGCCUUGUGCCAGAAUUUGCUCGCGCAGUCGAGCGACGUCUACUGCAUCCAGAACCAGAUUCUGACGCCGAAUUUCCUCACGCAAACCGUUCAAAACUACCUCCCGGGCUUCACGCGCGACAUUACGCAAGCGCUUUUGCAGUGCCAGAACACGACCUCGGCGAAUGCGUGGGCGGAUUUUCAGAUUGCCGCGUCGUGCUUCCUCCACUCGGGGUGCCCGCUCGCGCCGUUCUUGCCAAAUACGACCAAUAUGGCGGUGCUCUACUCCAACGACCCGAGCCACGCGGUCCUUAUCAUGGCGUCGACGUACGAGCUCCAGCUCCAGAUCGAGUUUAACGGCAUUGCGAUCACUCCUCUUUUUACCGAGACAAGUGACGUCGCCGCGCUCAGCAACACGCUUUCCCAGCAAUUUGCAGCGACUGGCGUCGUCCCGACGGUCUCCAAGAGCUGGAACCCGUCCCAGAAUGCGUGGACGAUCCAGAUUGCGUACCAGAAUCUCAUGAGCUCGCUCCCGAUUCUAAGCGUGUACAACCCGAACGCGCGUCCGCAGCCGCCCGUCUCGAUUUCGACCAACGUCGCACCGUACUACGCGGUCGAGGUCCUCCCGUACAACACGGCGUUCUUCUCGUCGAUCGCGACUGGCCAAAGCGCCGAGUGCGCCAAGGCGAACGCGCAGCUCUCGGCGCUGAGCAAGACGUACCCGAUGGCCUACGACUGCUUGGAUUUGCCGGCGCUGGCGGAUCAAAUGGCGCGCAACGCAACACUGUGGUACAACAACUCGCAGUGGGACGUCUCGGACAUGGCCGCAAACUGCCUCGGGAGUCUGCCGCCGGCCAGCGCUGCGCCGCUCGUCGAUGUGCUCCAGAGCUUUAUGGAGUCGGGGUGCCCCGUCGCGCAAGUUCCCUCGGGCAACAUUACGCUGUCGCAGCCAUUCUCGUCACGCCAGCUCAUUCGUGCGCCGCAAGGCUCGUAUGUGAGCCUCUGGGUGCAAAUGGGCAGCCAAUCGAUGGACUUGGGGAAUAUCGUCGCGUCGACGGACCCAAAGACGCUGUCCAUGCCGCUGACGACGCUGCUUUCGGCGGUCACCACCGGUGUUCGAGUCCAAAUUUACUCGACUCCCGAGUUUGACCCGAUCUCGCAAGAGAUGAGUGUCUACUGGUACAUUCUGCUGCAGUACAAGGACCUUGUGGGCCCCUUGCCGCACCUCGUGCUCAACUCGAACGCGCCAGUCUCGUCGACGGACGUUCCGGCGCCGCUGAACCUGCAGCUGACAUUUGCUCCUGGGCCGCCGCCGCCAGGCCCGACCGCGUCCGGGAUGGGUCUGACCCCGAUCCCCGAGUGCCGAGCGUGUAGCGACAAGAUGGAGGCGUGUCGCAAGAGCGCCGACUGUUCCGGGGCGUUUGCAUGCAUGGCCAACUCGUCGGCGAUCUUUGACAACCCGUCCAUUUUGCUCAGCACCACGUACCCGAUGGGCUACACUGCCAACCUGACGAGCAACUUUUCUUCGUGUUAUGCCCAGCUCGGCGUCUCGUUUGCGGGCUGGCAGCAGCUCACGUCGGCGCUGCGCUGCUACAUGAACACGUCGUGUCCGAUCACGGAGGACGUGAGCUCGACCCGCAUGGUCUCACUGCAGCCCAACAACGCGACGCAGACGAUCCAAAUGCAGACGUAUGAAAGCGUGACGCUCAUGUUUUCGGUCAAGGGCGUGACGCUGGGCGCUCUCUACAACGUCAGUGCUUCUGGCUCUGGUUUCAUGACGUUUGAGGCGCAGCUUUGGUUUUUGAGCAACUUUACCUCGUCCAUCAGAGCGUACUCGUACACGACGCUCGCGGCCGCGCAGAGUCUCUGGACGCUCGAGCUCACGUAUGGCAACUUUGUGGGCCCGCUGCCGACUAUCCAAGUGUACCGCAACUACGAUUACGUCCGCGUCUCUUCGCCGAAUGCGUCGGUCGCCCUGCAGGUCGUGCCGUACAACCUCAAGUACUUUGCAGCGGGAGCGCCAAUGCCCAUGGACAUGUUCAAGGCCACCAACAUGACGUCCAUGUGCGACCAGUGCCGCGCCUUCUUGCAGACGUACUGCGGGCCCGAUCCGAGCUGCCAACAGCUCAUGACCGACUUCCAGCGCAACAUGAACCAAACAAUCCUCAGCAUGAUCAACGCCGGCAACGGAAGCUUCAUCGACGUCUCGGAUCUCAUCGCGCGCAGCGUACCAGCGGGGACCCCGGCGCGUGCAGCGUCCGUUUUUGGUCUCUACCACUCGUGUCUCUCGCAGUAUCAAUGCCCACUGGUCAAGACGCCACCGAAUGCGCCGUUGGUGCCCGUGCUUGUCGCGAGCACCGAAAAGCAUGUCGCAAUGAUCUACAACACAUCGGCCGCCUUCAACCUCACGGUGACGUACCCAGCGUUCAAUGUGACCAUGGCCAUCGACAGCUCCAUGUCGCCCGCCGAUCUCACGUAUGCGCUGGCGUCUCAAUGGAACGCAUCGAUGCCGCCGACUGCGUCGCUCGGCUGUUCGAAUCUGCCGUGCUACUUGACAUUCGAUUUUGCGCACGCGAUAUUGCCGCUGACACUACCAGACGUCGUUGCGGACGACAUCUACGUGUCCGCAUACAAGAAGAGUGCGUCGCAAGUGCUUCAGCUCUUCCCUUCCAAUACCACGGGGCUGAACCUGGAGAUUGCCCAGAGCCCGGCGUGCAAUCGCUGCUUGCAGUACUUUGAAGCGUGCUACAGCAACCUCUCGGGCUGCACCCGCUUGCUAUCGUGUGCGAACGCCGACAGCACGACGCAGCAAGUGCGCAACGGGUCCCUCGAUGUCACAGCGGCUUCGCUCUACGCCAAGUACGGCAGGAGUGUUGCGUUUUGCCUCACGGAUGAGUCAUUGGCAAUGGUGACUCCGUUCCUCGCGGCAUCGAGCUGUUUGGCGGCCAACAAGUGUCCGGUGAACGUGACGUUGAGCCAGAUCUCGGCUGGUCGAAGUCUCGUGCCCUCGGUGACGCCUGGCUACCAGAAGAUCCUCGUCUCGGGGGCCCUCACGGCGUCCGUGAGCCUCGACAUUUCUCUUCUCGGCGCCUUUCUUGGUCGUAUUGAGUCCAUUUCGCUCUACUCGUCGUCGUCCGUGCUCGCGAGCCAGCUCCAAGCGAUGUUCAAGUCUUUGGGCACUGUGUCUCUCUCGACGUCGCAAGAAACCAACACGAUGUGGUACAUUCAGCUAACGUACAGCAACUACAUUGGGCCACUGCCAACGCUGACGAUUGCCACGUCAUCGCCCGUGACCGCGUACGUCAUCGGUGCCAAUUCGCCGUCGCAAUACUACGAGGUCGUACCGCUCCAUGCUGUCCAGUUUGGGUUCCCGUACCAAGCGGUGCCGACACAAGCCCCGAUGACCACGUCACCGGCGCCGAUGCCCACGUACGGUACCAACCUGUUUCCAUCGGGGACUCCAACCAACAACACGGCAACGACAAAUGCAACAAAAACCAUGGCCACUGUUUGCGACCAGUGCGAAGCGUACUUGAAGGCAAACUGCCUCACGGAUACCGACUGCACCUAUCUCUUGUCCAGCUUCCGGGCGGCCAUCAACGCCAAUGUCUCGGCGCUGCUCGUCAACAGCGCGCUCUUUUUGCCAAUGUCGAUGUCGUCCGUGCUCUUGGGACCUCAAACGCCGUUCACGACCACGUCGCUCAAGUCGAUGACUCGAUUUGCGCUCUACUACUCGUGCAUGAGCAACUACCAGUGUGCGCUCAACUCGACAAUGGUCAACGGUAUACCCAAGAACGUGGUCCUCUCGAUGACGCCCGAAGUCCACGUCGUUACUGUGCCCAACACGACCGUGACCUUCAAUACAACCAUCUCGUACCCAUCGCUCAACGUCUCGCUGGUCGUGACGAGCAGCGCGUCAAGCGGGCUCAAUUACGCGUUCCAGUCGGUCUGGGGCGUCUCGCUAACGCCCACGGCUGUGCUGGCUUGCGAUCUCUCGUGCAACGUCACGCUGACAUUCCCGAACCUUGCGAUUCCGUUGUCAUUGCCGAGGGUCACGUCACCGUUUGCGACGACGACCGCGACGCGCACCGUGCAGGCCAGCCAUAUGUUGAUGCUCUUGCUGCCGACGACGGUCACCAAAACGGCCCUCGUGCUCAGCGCGACCUGCAAUGCGUGCGUGUCGCAGUUUAGCGCAUGCACCGCCGACGCUGCGUGUGCCAAUAUACUGAGCUGCUGGCGCGCGAAUGCGUCGAUUGCGUCGACCCUCAGUGCUCUUCAAGCGUCACCACAGUUGUCGUCUGUGAACGCGACGGCCAAUGCUACCCUCUGUUUUGCCAACCAAACCUUUGCGAGUGCGAGUCCCUUUCUCGCGGCGACGAGCUGCCUCCUGCAGAACGGGUGCCCUGUCGCCGCCGACCUGAGCCUCGCGGCCAACAUCACGUCCAUCUUGGCCUACCGCAUGAUUGUGCCAACGGUGACGACUGCGAUCCAGACCAUCUUCUUGGACACGACCAAGGACGUAACGUUGCAGCUGAGUCUUUUUGGCUCGAGCGUUGGCAGCGUGUCCAAUGUGGCCUUGGCAACACCGACACGGACCAUCGCGGCGUUACUACAGACGUUGCUCGGCGGCAUGGGGCAAGUGACCGCUACAUCUGCCUCCACAAGCCAGACAUCAUGGAGCCUCACGCUGUCAUACGCGAACUACGUUGCGCCGCUACCAACGAUCACGGUGCUCGGUGCGUUUGAAAAUAUAUCGUCCGCGCCAUCGAGCUGGCUGUACAAGGUUGUUCCGCUCAACAUUUCAGCGUUUGGCUUUCCGUACACGUCCAACUGGGCGAUGCUGUCGGAUUCGAUGCAACGAUCCAAGUGCCAAGCCUGCGCGUCACUCGCCUCCCAGUGCGCCAUGUCGACGCCAUGCGCGUCGAUCGUCUCGUGCGUCGGGAACCAAACGACCGGGAACUUUACGACGGCGCUGGCGAGUGGGGAUAUGGAGUCGUCGCUCGAGUACACAUCGGCGGUCGCGAGCUGCACGGCCAACGUCGCGUACACUGCGUGGUGGCGCGUCGGCGGCGCCAGAAGGAGCUUUUCGUAG